GAGGCGGGAGAGGGCAGCUGGAAGCUCCGCCGUCACGCCGCGCCGCGCCGCCCGAGGCCGAAGUGGAGCCGCCUGUCGACUGAGGGGAUCCUGAGAUGCCGCCGCCUUCGCUGCUUUAGAGGUCCGCGAAAGAACCACGAGGCCGCCGCCGCCGCCGCCGCCUCUCUCUGCAUUCCGGGCGAGGCGGGACCGAGAGCCGGCGCUUCCCCCUCCCGGCCAGCGGCGGCCAUGGCCCGCGGCGGUGAAGAGGAGGGCCGCCCGCCCGAACAGGCCGCCUCGCCUACGGAGGCCUCCCAAGGCGGCGGUUCUGGGCGCCGGCCGCCACCGGCGCUUCCUCCUGCUCGGCUGCCACGGCUGGGCCUGGGCCUGGCCUUCCUGGCGGCGCUGCUGGCCGCCAAAUACUACCGGGACGCGGAGGCCGCCCGGCGGCAGGAAACAGCCCUGAAAUCUCUGGGAAAUGAGGGACUUUUCCUCUUCUCUUCCCUGGAUACUAACAAUGAUUUGUUCAUCAGCCCUGAGGAAUUCAAACCAAUUGCAGAGAAACUGACUGGCAUGGUUCCUGUGUCUGGCACGGAGGAGGAAGAGGUGACGGAUCCGAAUGGGGAGACACUCUCUAUCCUUGCAAAAUUCCAGCCACUGUUGAUGGAAACCAUGACAAAGAGCAAAGAUGGCUUCCUUGGCAUUUCCCAUGUGGCCUUUACUGGUCUCCGCAAUUGGACAGCUCCUGCUUCACCCCUCAGUGUGAUGUUUGCUAGACAAUUCAAGGCCUUUCUUCCCCCAAAGAAUAAGUUGGAACUUGGUGAUCCAUGGUGGAUCAUUCCCAGUGAAUUAAACAUAUUUACCGGAUAUCUUCCCAAUAAUCGUUUCUCCCCUCCAGCUCCCAAGGGCAAGGAGGUCAUCAUUCACAAGCUCUUGAGUAUGUUCCACCCACGGCCAUUUGUGAAAACUCGUUUUGCUCCUCAGGGAGCAGUGGCCUGCAUUCAAGCUGUAGCAGAGUUCUACUACAAAAUAGCCUUCAGAAUCCAUGCAGAAUUCCAACUGAAUGAGCCUCCAGAUUUCCCAUUCUGGUUUUCUCCUGCCCAAUUCACGGGCUACAUUGUCUUCUCAAAGGAUUCUUCCCAUGUUCGAGAGUUCAAGCUAUUUGUCCCUAAUAACAGGUCUCUCAAUGUAGAUAUGGAAUGGUUAUAUGGUGCCUUAGAGAGCAGCAACAUGGAGGUGGAUAUAGGAUACUUACCUCAGAUGGAGCUGGAGUCUCUGGGACCAUCUACCCCUUCAGUGAUUCAUGAUGAAAAUGGGAACGUGAUUGACAGCAGAGAAGGAGAACCAAUUCAAUUUAUUUUUGAAGACAUUUCCUGGCAGAGAGAAAUAAGCUGGGAAGAAGCAUCUGGGAAGCUGGAAGUGGUCAUGUAUCCAUUUAAGAAAGUUUCCUACUUUCCCUUUACCCAGGCUUUUGAAAAGGCCAAGUCUGAGGGUAAACUUGUUCAUUCCAUACUCUUAUGGGGAGCCUUAGAUGAUCAGUCAUGCUGAGGUUCAGGGCGAACUCUCCGGGAAACAGUCCUGGAAAGUUCGCCCAUCCUUGCAUUCCUGAAUGAGAGUUUCAUCAGUACCUGGUCGUUGGUGAAGGAGCUGGAAGAUUUACAGAAUAAACAGGACGAGAUCAUCAGCAAACUUGCAGACCUACAUCUUGAAAAAUAUAACUUCCCUGUGGAGAUUAUGAUCUGCCUGCCCAAUGGCACUGUGGUUCACCACAUCAAUGCCAAUUAUUUUCUGGAUAUUACUUCUAUGAAGCCUGAAGAAGUUGAGAGCAGCAUCUUUAGUUUCUCCUCCAGUUUUGAAGACCCCUCAACAGCAACUUAUCUCCAGUUCUUGAAGGAAGGGCUUCAGAAAGCCAAGUCCUACCUGUAGCCCCUAACACCCAGAAGCAGCAAACAAGUGCUCUCCUCUCGAUCCAACACAAUUGUUACAGUUCUUCUUCUUGUGUUUUUGGAGCUCAGGAUUAACACAGUAUUGAAAAGCAAAUGUUGUAUGUAAAUGAAAACUCUCCAAACCAGUAAGUGUUCCUUGGAAAUAUGAAGUCUGAAAUUUCCUGAUUAAUGUGAAGGACGCUGCCUGGAUAUCUUUCUUAGUGGUAAAUGGUGGGGUUAUUCUGAAUCUAGACAGGCUACAAGAGACGGAGUUUUGAAGACAAUAUAGUGCAAAAGAUGGAGACAGAUUAUGAGACUGCAAUGAGAUACCAGCAGGUUGCAUUUUUGACUCCUUUGGUGUAGUUAAAACUUGGUGAGUUGAUUCCUGAAUGAGAUGCCAUCAUUUCCACAUCAAACUAGACCCUUUUAG